UUAAUUUGCAUGUAUUUCCAUAUUCCUUUUUAUUUUAUUUGGGAAAAAAAAAUUAUUUAUAAUUUUAUAUUUAUAUUUAUAAUUUUAAUUUUUAUGCCAGCACUCACUCGUAGGGCUUCCCUUUCUCUGCUGUCUUUCCAGUUGUCCAAGCUUCCAUCUUUUUCACCCCCUUCAUGUACUGAUAUCCUUUUCCAAUUUCCGAUUCCUCCAAUCCCACCACUUCCCUCCCUUCCUCGCUCGCUCCUUCCUUCUCUAACAACCCAACCCUAGAAGGGAAUCAAUCAUUCAAUCAAUCUCCCUCUUCUUCUUCUUCUUCAUCAUCAUCAUCUCUUCUUACUAGUAUUUUGCCCUAGUACUUGCUGUUGUUGCUGUUGCUGUUGCUGUAGUUGUAACAGUAGUAGAAGCAGCAGCAGAACUGCGUAAUCUUGGAAUUAUGCAGCAAGGAGGGGGGUCCCAGUACGGGGUUCCCCCGCCGCCGGGAAUGCCUUCCUUCGGCGCAACCGCUGAAGCGGCGUCGCCGAUCAGUAGCCGGCCACCGCCAACUCGUUCUAUAAAUUUUGAGGAAUUAGGGCCGGCCGUGCCUGGGAACUUCCCUGAUGAUGAAGCCCUAGCUGCAGCAGGUGAAGAGGCUGACCGUGGUGGAGUUCCAGGUAACCGAUGGCCUCGCCAAGAGACGCUGGCGUUGCUGAAGAUCCGGUCGGAGAUGGACGCCGCUUUCCGAGAUGCCACACUGAAAGGACCUCUUUGGGAGGAGGUCUCCAGGAAGCUGGCGGAGCUUGGGUACGUGAGAAGUGGCAAGAAAUGCAAGGAAAAGUUUGAGAACGUACAUAAAUAUUACAAGAGGACCAAGGAAGGCCGCGCCGGCCGUCAAGACGGUAAGAGCUACCGUUUCUUCAGCCAGCUCGAAGCUCUUCACAGCAGCAGUACCAACACUACUACUUCCGCUGCUACUGCUACUGCUACUGCUACUACCACAACAUAUGCAACUGUUCCGUCAACUGCUGCUGUUGUAACACCGAGUUUAACAACCCCAGCCUCUAUCGGCUUAACCUCCGGCGGUGGCUCAUCUGGAAGGAUGCAAACACCACCACCACCACAACCACCACCGAUCCCCGCUGCGCCACUCACCAGCGCUUUCCCUCCUGGCAGCAUUAGCUUCUCAUCCAACAGCUCCUCCUCCUCGUCCUCCGAGUCUGAUGAUGAUGACACUGAAGAAAUGAUGAGAGAAGGAAGAAAGAGGAAAAGAUCUGAUGGUGGUGGUGGUGGUGAAAGUAGUAGAAAGAUGAUGGCUUUCUUUGAAGGGUUGAUGAAGCAAGUGAUGGAGAGGCAGGAGGCCAUGCAACAGAGAUUCUUGGAAACCAUUGAGAAGAGAGAACAAGAUCGGAUGAUCAGAGAGGAAGCUUGGAGGAGACAAGAGAUGGCCAGGCUUAACCGAGAGCAUGAGCUCAUGGCUCAAGAGAGAGCCAUGGCUGCUUCCCGUGAUGCUGCUGUCAUUGCCUUCCUUCAAAAGAUCAGUGGUCAGACCAUCCAGCUACCACAACCAUCUACUACCACUGCUGUUGUUACUCCACCACCGGCACCGACACCACCACCAGCACCGGCACCACCACCACCACAACACAACAUUGAGAUUAUAAGGCAACCACAACCACAGCCACCACCACAACCACCAGUGUCAUCAUCAGAGCUGGUGCUAGUGCCGGAGCCGUCUCAUGAGAUGGCUGUAACCGGAGGAGGAGGGUUCGAGACAGUGGCAUCGUCUCGCUGGCCGAAGGCGGAAGUCCAUGCUUUGAUCCAGCUGCGCAGCGGGCUGGAUUCAAAGUACGUAGAGGCCGGGCCAAAAGGACCGUUGUGGGAGGAGAUCUCGUUGGAAAUGCAGCGGCUUGGAUAUAACCGGAGCUCCAAAAGGUGCAAAGAAAAGUGGGAGAACAUCAACAAGUACUUCAAGAAAGUGAAGGAGAGUAACAAGAAGCGGCCGGAGGACGCCAAGACCUGCCCUUACUUCCAUCAGCUCGAUGCUCUCUAUCGGAAAAAACAUGGAGGUUCAUCAUCAAAUCUGAGAAGCAUUACUGUGGAGCCGGAGACGACGAGUACACAGCAACAAGAAAGGCCUCUUGCAAUCAUGGCACCACCACCAGUAGCAACUGCAACACCACCACCACCACCACCACCACAACAGCAACAACAGCAGCAACAACAAGAACAAGAAGUAGCUCAACAAGAUCAAUCUGAGGUGAAGAACGGAAGCAGCAGUAGCAACCAGGAUACUAGCAAUGGAGGACAUCAUCAAUCUAGUUUCUUCGAAGAAGGGACUAGUGGUGGCAAUGGAAGUGGUAGUGGGAGCUCGAUGAUGAAGAAGCCAGAAGACAUUAUGAAGGAGCUGAUGGAGCAGCAGAACCAUCAAGGGGUGAUGGACGAAACCGAAAAGCUUGAUGAACCUGAUAGCGAUAACAUGGAGCAGGAUGAUGAAGAUGAGGAUGAGGAUGAGGAUGAAGAGGAUAGGAAAAUGCAGUACAAGAUCCAGUUCCAGAGGCCCAAUGUAGGUGGAGGAGGAGGAGGUGGUGGUAGUGGUGGGGAUUCCGGUAAUGGUACCUCCACUAAAACGGCGGCGGCGGCGGCGGCGGCGGCCACCGCUGCCGGCUCCUUCUUGGCCAUGGUCCAAUAGAUAUCUCAUCUUUCCUUGCCUUUCUCCUCAAUUGUACCAUAUGUACCUACUAUAUAGACCGGUGAAACUCAACUCAACUCAACUCAUAUCAAAUCAAAUCAAAUCCAUUCCAAUCCAUUCUCUAUAUACUCAUCUCAUCUUCCUCUUUGGCAUAUAUAUCCUUUCAUAACCAUUUUAUCUAUUCAUCAUCAUCAUCUUCAUCCUCUUUCAUUGUCUACAAAGCUUCAUAUAUUCAUUUCCAUUAGCUUUUUGAUUCAUCCUUUGUUUUUCUAUUUUAUUGAUUUGUUGUGGAAUAAGGAAAUCCCUCUCCAGCCAACAGGGAGGACAAAGACAGUCUCAAAAAGAAGGCAGGAAUAAGCUCAAGCACACACACACACACACACACACACACACACACACACAGACAUAAACUCACAAGAGUACCCACAAAGAUUGUGAAGCUUCAGAGAAAUAUGGGUGGAAGAAUCAAUGGUGGGAGUCCGGCCGGCUUGUACAUGGAAACUCAAGGAAGAAGAAGAAGAAGAAGAAGAAGAAGAAGAAGAAGAAGAACUGUGUAUAUUUUUCUUCUUAAUGGCAGGAGAGAGAAAAAGAGAGAGAGAGAGAGAGAAGCUGAAUGUUUGGUGCGAGGAUUCUAUAUUUUCCAUUUUUUUAUCUUUUAAUUUAUUUAUGAUUAGUUCUCUACAUUAUUUACUUAUGAUGAUGAAGGUCUUUUUUUGAUCCUGGUUUGUGGCACUGUUACACUGUACACAUUAAUUAUUUCCUUGAUAUUAUUCUUCACAUUAUUAUUGUUCA